CGCGUUUCUUGGCGUUUUUUUUUGCAAAACGACGACCGUUUCGACGCGAAACUCGAGUGGCAGUCAAGGCACUCGCGUCUCUUUGUCUUCUCUCUAUUCAAACCACUGACUGGGACAGGCUGUGUUCGUCGGAGACCAGCUCGGUGUGAUCGGUUGCAGAAUCACCGGCCCGCGCCGUGGACUCGCAGAUUCUGUCGGCGCGCGCCACUUUCGCUCUUGAACUUCUGCUGCCAGAGUCCUCGUUCCCUCUUCUUCGCUGACACUUUCUCGAGAGGGAUUCUUCCCGUCGGGUGCCUUCUCUCUGUGACAAUUUCGUGCGGGAACCUCCCGCGCGCGAAUCGUGCGGUCUAUGUACUCUUACCCCAGCACGGACUCUACCUCCCUAUCGGCUCUGUUCCGGUCCUUUUGUCUGCAAAGGCCGCGCUUCCUCCCUCCCACUGCGUGUUGGGACCUCAUCCGUUCACCCCAUCUUGUUUUCCUCUGUGUAAAAUGAACGAACGGUCAGCUGUCCGUUUGUGCUGCCGUGCCCGCGGCGCCGUUUUCCCCGACGCCGCCCGGCAGAAAAAAAAAACUGGUCCGCCGACGCAACCAUUGUUAAGCAGCUCCCGGUUGAGAGCUGAGCAAGCGGGGACGCUCGACUCUGUCCCGCAGCUGUGAAAACCAAUCUUUGCUCGCUCCUUCGUUCAAUACAGAUGUCUUUUCAUGCAUAGUGAUAUCUUGCCCUCUGCCGGCUGCCCCUCUUUCUUUCAUCGGCUCGACCUUGCGGCCUUCGUCGCUCCUCCACACAGGUCCAGCUUCUCUCUGCGCCGCCGAGUUUACACCACGUCGUGCGUGGUACGAAGGGCUCCGCUUCUUCUGUAUCCCUCCCUGGUCGCGCUUAAACGCCGAUUCCAUCGGACAACUCGUUCUGGGAGGGCUCCUGCGGGUGUCUCUGUGCUGCCUUCCUGCCACGACUGGCUCGGUCGGUGGCGACGUCAGAGUCUUGAAUCGUCUGCAUGGCACUACGGACCCCGCUCUUUCAGAGAUUCGAAUCGACGUUCUCGUUCGACGUCCCUCCCUUUCUCAACUGCCUUGCCAAGCGUUUGCGGAAAUGCUUAUUUUCACUGGCUGUCCAGCAACUGCUGCUGCGUUACAUACCUUGUAGAUUCGGGUGUAGCUCCCAGUUCCGUAGAGCAGCCUCUCGCAACGGCCCACUAGCACCGCUUCGAGUCGGUGCUCUCUGUUUGCCUAGAGGGGGUUACUUUGCCUGGAUUCAGAGCAUGCAGAACGGCUCUCUUUCUGCUGCUUCCCUCUAGUUUUAGAAACGUUUUCGAGGCGGAAUCUCCCCGACUUUGUCAGUUUUCGAAGCCGGGGAGUCGCACUGUCCUGAUUUAACAGCUCAGCUGACAGUGCGACAUCUGCUCGCGACGGUCUCUGCGCGCAGAAUCUGCGCAGCUUCUUCACACGGUGGCUUUGCCAGUGCCUUGCCGUCGAGAGAAGAUGGCGAGUCGAGUGCGGUGUGAGCUGUCUCGACUGCUUUCUGCCCACUUGGCACUGACUGCCUACCUCGCUGCUUUGCCGGUGCUCUGACAACGGCUGCCGCCGAUUCUCAGCCGGUCCGCUUCGGCCCGAGUGAUUCGGCUGCGUGGUCUCCGUGUUCCGCGCUUACUUCCCGCGUUUACUUUUGCGGGUGUGUCUGUGUGUCUUGGGUGCAUGCGUAUGUGUGAAGAUCGCGAUUUCUGUAGUUGUGCCUCUGUUUUCUCAAGCAACUGGCGCUGCAGCCUUUUGAGACUGCUUGCAGUUGCGAAACGUAGAUUCGCGCAGCAGUUUGUGUCUUGCCAUUCCUGGAAAAUCGGUUCCACCUUUGUCGCGGCAGUGCCUUCCCUUGUGCGUUUCCUGUGACUUCGGUCUCAGCCGAGUUCUGAGAGCGCUCUUGCCUGCCGCUGCCUCGCGCCCUUCCGUCUCCCGACGGAACGCCUUGUGUCUCUCUUUCUGUGCACAGGAGUUCGAAAACGUUACAGAGACGGCGUUUUUCUCUGCGAAAAACGACGAUCCCGACGUGGUGCCAGUGCUGCCAGCGGCGAGUUGUUUGCCGCUCGCUCUGUCAUCUCGAGGUGGAUGUACACCCCGUGUUGGGCCUGCCUCAAAACGCCGUCCAGCCGCUCGACCCUCCACUCUUCGAGCCGCUCUUGUGCGUCGCGCCUUUGUGAUUCGCUCGUUGUUUCCGUGUUUCGCAUCUCUCCUGACUUCGUGUGCCUGAUGCUGCUUUGUCUUCGCCAGUGGGAAGGUUUUUCCUCGCUGGCCUCGCGUGCUGAACUUCCCCGUUUUCAAAGGUCCCCCGACUGCUUCCCCCGCGCUCUCGGAGGCAUCCCUCCGCCGCUCCAGCUGUGUGUUUCUCCGCCUCUCUGUGUCGACCUCAAGUCUGCGUGCUCCUUCCCGACCGGGGAACUUUGUGUCAGUGGCAAAGUCACGCCUUCACUUCCUGAGCUUCUCUUCUGCUCCGCGGCCCGCCGCGCCCCCCUCGCGGGCAACCUGCGCCUUCUCGGCCCUCGCGAUCCGAAACUCGCACGUUCCUCGCCAGUCUCCCCACCGCGUCGCCGCGCUCUCGCUUCUCUCCAACAUCCAACGAUGGUGACUUCCGUCGAACCGCUGUCGUCGCUGCCCUGCGACGCCGGCGUCUCCGCGACCCCCGAAGCAGCCGAGGUCGACGUCUCCGCGUGGAUACGCCGUCACUCGCAGGCGACCAAGUCGGUGUGCCACGCGAGCCGUGCCGACAGCCGUUUCGUCUCCACGCCCCGCCAGCCGUUUCGCGAGGAGUCUGCGCGCGGAGGCCUUUGGAGCGCAUGCGACGAGGUGCACCCGCUGCGGGCGAGGGCUCACUUCAGAAGCAGCUGUCCGGAUCUGCUGCGAAUCGGGAGCUGCGGAGCUGCUCAGACUCCGCCGGCGUCGCCGUUGUGGCUGUCGCGGAAAAGAAAGGCUUGCGGGAAGCUCCAGAUUUCGGGGGGGACCGCCGCCUGCGGCAGCGACGACGUUCGGUUCCGGUCCUGCGCGUCGAUCUCGAGCCUCUGCCGCCCCACCUGGGAAGAGGGCGUCUUGCACGGCUUCGGAGACAGGUCUGGGGACAAGCUGGACGCAGGCCCCGCAGACGUCGUGGACGCAUGCGGAGAGGGAGAGUUGCGGACUGUCGUUUCGCCGCCGUCCGACAAGAAAGGCCUGGUUCGCUGCGAGGGAGACGGGGCCGCGGCUCUCGCACAGCUGGAACGCGAGGAGACUCCUGCGACCCAUGCGUCCUCUGUGGCGGCCUCGUCGUUCGGAGACUCAGCGUCGACGAGGUUUUCGGACCGCGGGGACUGCGCGCUCUCACCCUUUGCGGACGAAGUGCCUUCUCCGAGUCUGUUCUCCGAGGCGAGCGAGGGCGGGUCACUUGGUCCCGCAGGUCCGCUGGGCCUCACAGCUCGCGUAGUCCCUCUCGGCAAGGUGUUGGGACCGGCAGGGCUCCCGGGGCAGGCGACGUGGCUGCUCGCCCAGGCGCUCUUCCCCGCCCCGCCAGCGCCGUACCUGGCGCAGCUGUUGCAGCUGGAGGACGUGUACGAGGCGGCGUUCCUCGCUGUCGAGGUUCUGCCGGAACGGUAUUUACAGCGGAUCCACCAGCUGGACGCGCUUCAGAGCCUAGUGGGCCCCGAGCUGUACACGCGGUGCAGUCGCUUGGCCGCGGUUCGCGCGAUCUACGUGGAGAGUUGCGACCGCGUGACGCGCUGCAGGGAGGAGAUGAUGACGCAGCUCGUCGAGGAAGCGACUGUUCAGCGCGAAAAGGCCGAGGCCGCGGAGGACGACGAAUGGCCGCCGGAGGACGCGUUCUCUGCGCCGCUCGUGAGGUCCUCCAGUGCCUCCCGCGGUUGCGACGCGGGAGGCGCGUGCACGCAGGUGCAGAGAAGCGAACAACCGCAAGUCGCCCGCGACCCGCGAGCGACGCUCAGACGGCUGUCGGAGCAGCUGCAAGCCGUGAAACUCCUCCAGGGGCAAGUGGGUCCAGACCUGCUGGCGGGGAUGGCACAGCUGGUGGCGGAACUCUGUCGCGAGAGUGGGGAGAACACUCCAGAGCAGAUUCGCGAGUUCGUGGACCAAUUCCUGCAUGCGUUUUUCAGCUGUCGCGUCGCCGCAGAGCUCCAGCGCGAGCAUUUCUUGACGGCAGUGGACGGCCAGGACUGCGGGGCGAUUCUCGCUUCCCACGUCACUGUGGAGCAACUGAUUUGCCGCGCGGCGCUCGACGCCCAGGAGCUGUCUCUGCACCACCUCGGCGUCGCGCCGCCUGUCGAAAUCUUUGUCUCGGAGCCGCGAACGGUGGACGAGGAACUCAAGGCCUUCCUCCUCGCGGCCUCUCGGUCCGAGGGACCUUUGUCUGUGGGGUGGACCUGCUUGUCGUCGCCGGCGCCGCGCGGAGACGCGCCACAGCUCGGCACCUGGGCCUCUGCGGACCAGAGCCCCAUCGCCUCGCCCUCGGACUCGGUGCCAACGUCGCCCCUCGGGGAGUCUCCGCGGGAGACCGGCCUCCCCGGCACCGUCCGGUUCCCCUGCGUUUCGUCCUACGCGUACAGCGGAGUCUUUGAGCUCGUCAAAAACGCGAUGCGCGCCUCCGUCGACUCGUGGACCGAAAGAGAGGCUCUGGAAGCGCGCAGCGAAGUGGAGCUGGAAGAAGAGCGGAUUCUGGAGACCGAGCGAGCGAUUUACACGUGGCGAACGUCGCGAGAGCGGGGCUCAGGCAUCCGAGAAGAGGGCGGCACUACAUGGCGGAGCACCUCGAGCUCGCUUUCCAGUGCCUCCCUCGCGGCGGGCAAUGCCGUCCUGAGAGGCCCGUGGAGCCUUCUGACUGUAGGACGCUCGCGGCGCCUGCGGAAGCUGCCGGGCCGCCAGCUGGAGAGCUGCGAGGCUCAACGCGACGGCUGUGGAGGUCGCACGCGCGUCGUCGUGUUGGAGGAAGACGCUCCGUCGUCGGUGAAGGUGAACUUGGUGGUGGCUUUUGGAAGUCUCCUGAUCCAAGUCGAAGACACUGGCCGCGGCCUCGCCGAAGACGAACUGGCGAAGAUCUGGUCCUUUGCGUACUCUACGGCCCAUGGAGCUGGCGAGGCGAAAGGACCCGUCUCAACAGGGAUGAAACACUCUGGAAAUCAAAGGAAAGACGAAGGUGGAGAACAAGGAGACAAAGGAGAAAAGGACGACAAACAAGAAAAAGGAGGAAAAGAAGACGACUCGGACGAAGCUGUUCCAGUCCUCGCCGGAUGCGGGGUCGGCCUGCCAAUAAGUCGAGUCCAUGCUCAGAGUCUGGGCGGCGACAUUUUCAUUGAAUCCGCCAAAGGAGUGGGCACCUGCGCGUACAUGUGCUUGUCGAACUUGCAAGCAUUCCGGAAUGAAGCCUUGAAGACGCAGGGGAGAAACCACCGCGAGUUGCUGGACCGUCUGGAGGUUCGGCCUCUCUCGCGCGCCCAGACGUCCUCGAUGCUUGCAUCCACUCCGCCGCCAGUGCAUGUGAAGGCACGCGGCGUCGGGUCGCUUUCCUCGGCGUUUUCGCAGCUCGGCUAGGCGCCAGAGGUCGCUGAGAGGGGGGACUUCGCACGGUUUUCUGCGGCGUACAGAAGACGAGUUGGACGACUGGUCAGGGAAACGCGCGCGAGAGCGGAGCUGGCCCAAUGGAGUCACACUUCCUCGCACAAGGAAGAUGUGACCCGGCAGCCAAGUCAAGGUCGCAAAUGAGGUGACAAAGAAAGGUUUGUAAUGUCUGUAGCACGCGAGAACCGCACGAGUUUUCACGGCGUUAAAGAGCACAAGAGAACCGUUGACUUCGGUGAACAAGAUAGACACGGUGGAGCUGUGGACGGAUCCGAGUGUCUAGACAGACAGCGAAGGCUUUUGCAUUCGAGAAGACGGGGGGAGUGGAAAGGUGAGCGAGAAAGGAGAACGAUUUUGGAAGCCGACACGCGAGGGGUCACACAGAUGGAGG